AUGGGCUUCACGACAGGUCUUCUUGGUGGAGUCACCUUGACGUACUCCGUCCUCUACUUCUCCUUGUACAUUCAUCGCGCAAAUCGUAAUGUACAGCGCACACUUCUCUCUCAGCAAGCCAACCUACUCAACUCCGUCAUUGAUCCUCCAAUUCCUCUCCCAGACCCACCGGCAUAUGAGAUCCGCAAAGCCGGCUUGAGCGAGAUGUUGAAAGACCGUUGGAAUCGCGAAGUCGAGAAGUUGGUUCACAAAGCCCAGACGACCGACUGGACACAGAAGAGGGAGGCGGUUGAGGAUCGUUUGUCAACCGUCUGGGGAAAGGUGAGGGCUUCGGAACAAGGCCAAGAGAUCGAGGCCAAGGCCAAAGAGCUUGGGCAGCAGGUCGAAGACAAGGCGAAACAAUUAGGCCAGGCCGUCAAGGACAAGGCUGCUGAGGGCAAGGAAGCUUUGUCAACCGCGAAGGACGAGGCCAAAUCAACGGGCAGAGAGCCUAGACUCCUUGAGUUGAAAUGA